AUGGUGAGUAAGAGCGCCGAAAAAUCACAACAGCCAACAACUUUUGAAGAUGGCACGUACUUCAUUGAUCAUGGAUUUUGCGGCUCAGACCCUUCUGGAAUUAAAGUAACUAAUAAGAGUGCAAAGAGUAUUCACGUAGCAUGGGACACAACGAAAAUUAACUGUGGCUAUACAAUAACUGGAUACACAGUCUAUUUCAACUCAUUAUCUCCAUUCAAGACUUAUAAAAAGAAAACCGUGAGCGGAGCUACAACGGACAAUGUUGAAAUAUUUCCUAUUAUUCCGGGGUUUAGUUACACCAUAUCUGUAAAAGCUUUAACAGUCAAUGGAGCAGUAUCCAAUCCAACAUUUAUAAAUUACACACAUCCACAUACAAAACCAUCAGCUGCUCCAAGUAAUAUCCAUGCAUCAACCAAAGGUAUAACUUCAUUGACAAUAUCAUGGGAUGCUGUAGAUAUAUUCCACAAGAAUGGAGAUGUCAAAGGAUACAAGGUGUAUUACAGGGGACCUGGUCUUGCAGGAACUAAAUCAGCUAAUGUGAUUGGAGAAUCUAAUAGGCAAUUUACUGUUAGUGGACUUCGACCAAAUGCAACCUAUCAAUUUAUUCUGCAAGUAGUCAACGAUGUUGGACCGGGGAAUUACAGCGGCUUUAUACCUAUUACAACACUCCCACUACCUACAACAACAACUACUACUACAACACCCAUGCCCACCACGACCACUGUCACCACAACGACAACUACGACGCAACCAACAACUACUACUACCACACCAACAACCACGACAACACAGCAAACAACCACGACAACACAACUAACAACCACGACAACACAGCCAACAACCACGACAACACAGAAACCAACCAAACCAACUACUCCCACUACAACUACACAAACAACAACAAGAACCACUAAAGUUAUAACACCAACGAAACAACAAUCAAAGUUAUCUACAUCAACAACACAAGUCACGGCUUUGGAAGAACCUGAGAAGGAUACCAAUAACAUAUUGUUGAUGGUAGGGAUAGCGGCAGGUGCCCUUAUAUUCUUGGCUGUUCUGAUACCCCUCGUCGUAUUUAUGUGUCGUAACUGCUGCUUGAAAGGAGCUGUAUCUCCGGACCAAGAGGAGGAAGAGGUCAAAAAUAAGAUAAAAAAGAAGGAAGCUUUUAGACCGCUGGAUGAGAAUGAAAAUAAAACUGUCACAAAAUAUGACAGAAGGAUGUCGACUGACACGUUGUUAUCCAUUGAUAACUAUGAUAUAGAUGAAGUAAAUGACACGAGGAAAGUGAAAUCUAGACAUCGCAGACUAUCAAAGAGAGCCUUGUCAUAUACAGACGAUAAGAUAGCUGAAGAUGCAAAACAAGUACAAAAUAAUGUACAAGUAGACAAAGUUCCGAUAAUGAGAGUUGAAUCUAUUCAAGAAGUCAAAGAACCAGACCACCAUGAUGACAAGGUCUUUAUUGAUGACAAUGAAAUACGACAGGCUAAAAGCGAUGGAGAGGCAAAUAGCCUGACAGACAAACCACAAGUGACAAGUAACAUUUAUGUUCUUAAUGCAAACAUUCAAACAAAAAUAUUCACGUCAAAGAAAAGUAGAAUAUCGCCUAAUUUUGAAAAAGACUUUUCGUUCAUGCACGAUGCAAUUAAAGAUGAAAGCUCAUUACAUGAUCCAAACGUGAGGAGCGCUACAGCUUUCAAUGUGAUAAAAAAGCCUGCACAAACAACACCAAGAGUGGUAUUAUUUGAACCAUGGUAGUAAAGUGUGUAUCAAAUAAUUGUGCGACAGAUUUUCGCUAGUAUUCUAGUUCCUUCAAGUAAAUACGAUAUGAUCCACGAAAUGCAUUGUAUGAACUAAGUAUUCCAUGAAAGGCAAAAACGACAAUGCGCGUAUUUCAACGUAUAUCUCCAACAGAGAAACAUUGUCAGAAUCAUAUACUAGUUUAAGGCUUUUAAGAGGUAUGUGGAUGCCAUGAAAACUAUUAAAAAAGACAAUAUGAUGAAGCUCUUUAUGAAAUUCAUGUUGAAAAGAUAUCAUGAAUGUGAUUUUAAAUAAUUUAGAUUUUCUUAUUUUACACAUAUUCGUAUUAGCCAUCAAAACGUUAUUCGACGUUUACAUAUAUGCCUCAUUCGAUACAAUAGUCUAAGUAAGGGUAUCAUGCUUUUAAUCUGAACUGAACACAUUAAACUGAUGAAAUUUAUGAAAUAUGAGCAGGCAAUUUGACAAAAAAAGAAAGGUAACAAAAAUAUCCAAAUCCGAUGAAAAAUUCUUAACAGGAAGUUUCUUUUGAUUUCCAGAAAAAAUGGCUAUAUUCCGAUGUUAAUGUUAAUAUGCAUAUAUUGUAUCCUAAUAUCUUGCAGCACACACACACGUGAUUGGACAGUUAUUAAUGAUGACAACUCUGAGUUCUACAAAUUGAAUGUAAUCUUUAAGUAUAUUCAUCUUUUGAAAUGAACUCAACUAUAUCGAUAUUUCUUUGACUUCCUCAUCUUCUUAAAACCAUCUUUUCCAUAAGUUAGAAGCUUAAUACAAGAUCAAGGACAAGCUGAAUAUACAUUCGAAGUGUUUUGAAUAGGUUAACGAAUGUGUAUAUUGAAAUUAACCUACCGUCCCAUGAUCUGCAUUUGGUUGGUUAAAAUAGUUGCACUUCAAAGUAUUAUAAAAAUAGCUCACAUUUUCCGGAAUACUUUAGCGGUAUUUUCUAAGAGAAUGGAGAAAAGUUUAAACACAUCAAUGCAAGUAGCCUAUAUAAAAUUUGGCUAUACGAUUAGAUAAAGCAAUUAUCUUCAGCGGCCAAUUGGUCUUAGUAUUUUAUGUACAGUGAUCACUUGCCCAUCAGCACUGAGGGUGUGCGUUCGAUCACCACUCAUUACAAGCUGCCCUGGACUCGGAUUUAAUUUUCAAAGGUUGGACGGUUUUCGUGUCGGAGAUAAGUAUUCAAACCGAAUGAAAUAAUUUUCUACACUAAUAAAAACUGGCAAUCAUUUCGAAAUUAUAACUUUUUGGCGUUCAUCAUCAAUCAAUCAAUCAAUAUAGUAGGUACGUAUCUUCUGUUCAUAUUUGUGUAAUGUGUACAUCCGAAUUACUUUUAAGUUACCCAUUUGUGUUUUGUAUUUUGGAUUCCUGAUAACUAGUCUCUUUAAUCAUUUUAUUAACACCCAGAUAGUUUGCAGUGGGUUACCCAUCUUAUGUAUAUAAUGUUUCCAUCAUUUAUAUUCAUUCUAUAAUAAUGAACCAACAUUUCCUGUUUAUUUGUUUAUUUACAUUGUCAUAUCCAUGAAAUGAAUUCAUAAGUCAACAUUGCAAUUAUUUGUAAAUCAUCUCAUCUAAGUUUAUACAUAUGUUUCGCCAUCAGGCCUAACGUCAUUUAUAUUCAUUUCAUCACCAUGAACCAUCAUUGCUUGUCUAUUUAUUUAUUUAUUUGUUGACAUUGUCAUCACCAUAUAGCAUAUUGAUAAUUCAACAUUGUUAUUAUUUGUCAUUUAUUUUAUC